AACACUCACAACCCGCCACCCAAAACCCACUCAGAGACUUUUCUCCCCUUCCCCCCUUUCUCUUCUUGUCCUGUCCUGUCCUGUCCUGUCCUGUCCUGAUCCAAUCCAAUCCAAUCCAAUCGUCUGCUGCCAACCCUCGAAAUUCCCAGCAGAAUCAAUCCAAUCUCCCCUCUGACUUGGUUUUUUGUCUCGAGUCCGUCCACUAGCCUAGGUCACGUUGCUGGUCUCUGAUUUGCCCGUUCUACUCCUCAUUCUUCUUGUUUUGCCUCUGAACUGCAAAAAAGAAAUAGGCUCUGCUGCUGCCACUGCACUGCGGCGCGUCUAUUUCUUCCAAUUCGAAUCCCCCUCUUCAGCCAGCCAGUCUCCGUAUUGCCACGCCACGGUUUCUUACUGCCACUGUUGGUUGGUUACUGCGCCCGCCCGCCCCCCCCUCUUGUAGCGUGGGUAAACGUAAAUUAAGCAAGGCUAUGUUUUAGAACCUCGAGGGUAUUAUUUCCCGCCGACAACAAACUACAACAGCAAAGUCCUCCCUUGCCACAGCGCCUGUUCCGACUCUCUGAAACGCGGCCCCCUCCCUCCAAUAAAACAUACCUUGAGACAGCAAUCGGUAGUUAAAUCCUCAUAAUAAGGAGAAACAACUCCAAUCGAGCCAGAUACAGUUUGUUUGUACUUUGUUUACCUACAUGCGCCGACGACUGUGUAAAUAGUUUAUAUAUACGGAGUACAUAUAUAUAUAUAUACAUAGAGAUAUAUAUAUAUAUGUAGUAUAUAUAUUUUAUUUGUUACUCGCCUCUUGCUACGAGAACAGCUGCAGUAAGUUUGAUCAUUUUUCUUGUCAGUUCUUCCUCUUCCCUUCUACGCGGCGUAUUCCCUCCUGUGACGAGCAAUGAUGUAUGUAGCCUGCAUACAAUCGCUCCCGCAUUUGCCAACACAUAACCCCCCCCAAUUAUUUUCUCUCUUUGCCAUCGCCUUGCUCUCGUUCUUAAUCCCUAGCCCUCUUUUGCAUACCUAAAAACUCUGUUAUUCUUGUUUACGUUCGCACUCUCCUUGUUGUUGUCAUCCAUCCUUGCCAAUCCUCCGAUCUGCCUCGAUUCCCUACCCUUAUUUCUUGCACCAUCCCUCCUCCCCUUAUUUAUAUAGCCUACUACUUGUUUAGUCUCUCCCCAACGUUGCACUCGUUGUAUGGUUGGUUCUCCGCCUGCUUGUCUCCCUCUCUGACAUCAGAACGAAGCUCCAAUAUUUUACCUUUUUUCCCUCCCCCCCCCCGCUCUCUUCGUUCUUUCACCUUCUCGACGUUGGUCCUACUUGGCAGUCCGGCAACCCUCUUUUUUGCCCCAGGAUUUACCCGGCUCCAGUGACCAGCCUUGGGCACCACCUCAGAUCGGGCCUACGACGUGGCAGACACUAGCCGAUAUCCCCCCCAUUCCCCGUCCCCAUCCCCAUCCUUGCCUCUCUCGGGCUCGUCCGUCUGCCCUCUGGCCUCUCCUCCCCCAGGCCCAGUUAUGGUUCAUUGUCCUGAUCAGAGACAUCUGCAGAACACGAACUGAAGCCACCCACUUUCGCUGUCAACCCUUGGGCCUUGUUACGAUAUCUACGUAUUUCUCGGUGUUUUUUAGUAUUAUUUCUUUCUUAUUUCUCUUUUUUAUUUCUCUUUUUUUUUCCCUUAUUUUUUUAGUGCGACAAUUCUUACAUUCUUUUUGGGGGGUUCUUUUUUUUUUUUCAAACUCACAUUAUUCCCUGAUUUCUCUCAUUUUUGUUGUCACAACUUUCAAACUCAUUAUUAUUGCUUUUCUUUCCCCCGCCCUAAAGAGUAAAGAAGCAAAAAUUAUAGUACCCGCACCAACCCCGAAAGGAAAAAAAAUAAAAAAUAAAAAAUAAAAAAGUCUGGAAAAAGAAACGAAACGAAAAACAAAACCGACCACCGCUGUUUGACAACACAUCAACGCGCUCUUCUGUCACCCACCUUGCCCUCAGUUCCCCCCGGUUUCCUGCAUCAGAGCCCAACCACGUCUUCACUGAGACUGUGCUGUUCAACCAUCGCUCGAAAGGGACCCUUAUUUUAAACCUUCCAUAUUAUCUGCUUCUUAAAUCCCUUUUCCCGCCUCUUUGUUAACAAUCGAGGCCCUCACCUGUCGUCGCGUUCAAAAAAGUUUCUGAAACCCGUUUUUGGCUCGAUUGUGUCAACCAAAGAAAAGGCAGGAAAGAGAAAAAAAAAAAAAGAAAACUCGUGCGUUGAGCGUGUGCACGCACAUAGCCGAUCAGUCUUUUGGCGCCGACCGCUCGUAUUGGCUGCAGAUUCCCCAUCCCAUCCCAGCGACAUCGAAUCAUUUGUUCGCGCUUCGCCUGUCGAACGCUUUCAAAAACGUUCCUUCUCGACCCUUCGCCGCCCCCGUUCCCCGUCCCACCCUAUCCUGUCCGCUCCCCUUCCCAUCCUAUCCCUCGAUCGGAAACCACUCGCUACUCGCUCACAUAAUAAAAUAAAAUAAAAAUUGCUGGCUUGCGACUCCAUUGGUGCGCUUCCCAACGCAUUUGCCGCCGCUGGUUUAAUCCAGGUAGAUAGAUACCUUGGGCUGGAAUCUCAGCUCCUCGUUCGCUCGCUCGAUUAAAUAGAAUAAUAAAAGGGAAAGAGGACAAACGCGAAUUGUUUUCCCAAGUCGAUUCCACCCAACCAGCGCGACCAUCCAUCAUGGAGUAUCCCCCUCAAUAUCAACAACCUCACAACCAACACCCACACGCAUCAUCACACAUGCCUCCAUACCAAACCUCGCCUGCUAAUGCUGGCCCGCCGGUCGGGUCUAUCACCUCCCCCACAAACGCUCAAGCACACAUGCAACAUCCCCACCCAAACCACCAAGCCUCUCCGAUCCUCCCGUCGCAAUCGCAUUACCAACAAACACAAAGCGCGCCCGGCCAGGUACACCAGCAGAUGAAUUUCCCUCAACAGUACGCUCCACACCCACAAACAUAUGGAAUCUCCCCUACCCAGGCCGCUGCCGCCGCCGCCAUGGCCACCGCUGCUGCCUCGGGUCACCAAUUCUACCAACCAUUGCAUCAGGACUCGAUGGGUGGUGGAUUGCCACCAGGCGCUCGUGGCUCACCUAGGUUACCAUCUUCCCAGGUGAAGAGUGAACGACAUCCAAGAUCACCACCGCAAGUACCUGUCCAGAUGGCGCCGCUCUCCAGCCAGGUGCAAAUACCACAAAACGCGUCGAUACAGCAGCAACAGCAACAACCACCAUCGCAACAACAACAACAGCAGCAGCAGCAACAGCAACAGCAGCAGCAGCAUCAGCAUCAGCAACAACAACAACAACAACGUCGCAUGAGCCAACAAGUCAGCAGUCCACAUGUACAAAACGCCCAACCCGCCCUCAACCACAGCCACAACCACACCAUGCAACGACCCCCGCCAGGCCCGUCACCGAUGUCCGCCCCGCCUCAACACUCUCAACACCCUCAGCAUGCUCAGCACCCACAACAUACUCAACACCCUCCACCUCCACCUCCACAACAACAACAGCAACAACAACAACCUCCCCCGCCCUCGCAAGACCUCGUAGCCACCACCUCUGCCUCCGCCCCCGCUCCCCCAGCCGCCCCAGCCGAAGAAUCCCCCCUCUAUGUUAACGCCAAGCAAUUCCACCGCAUCCUCAAACGACGCGUCGCGCGCCAAAAACUCGAAGACCAACUCCGCCUAACGUCAAAGGGCCGCAAGCCCUACCUCCACGAAUCGCGACAUAACCACGCGAUGCGCCGGCCGCGCGGACCGGGCGGCCGGUUUUUAACGGCCGAGGAAGUGGCCCAGAUGGAGAAGAAUGCUGCAGCGGGCGCGACGGGGAUUGAGAAUUUGCCAAAUCAUGGGAGUAGUGCCAAUAAUAACAAUAACUCUGCUGGGAUUGGGGCGAAAGGGAAUUCACGUCCAAAUUCACAUCCGCAACCACAUCCACACUCCGCCGCGCAGAAUGUGUCGCCGGGGCAGAAGAGGAAGGCUGCAGCUACGGCGUUGAGUGGGAAUGGACAGCAUGGCGGUGGGCAUGGGGGGAAGAAGUCGAAAACGAGCGGUGCGGGUGCGGUUCGGAGGCCGAGUACGAGUGCGCAUAGUGAUGGGGAUGGGGAUGAUGAUGGGUAGUGUUUUUAUAUAUAUUAAAAAAAAAGAGAGACGGUGGGGGGUUGGAAAAGGGAAAGGGAAAGGGAGGAAGGAGACAAAGAGUGAAACGAGGGAAGAAAAGAAAGAAGGGUAUGAAGUCAUGUCUAUAGGAUAGGUUUCUGCGGUGCUGCUUUGUCUGCAUUGCCUUGCUUUUCUUUGCUUCAUAUGUGCUUGCGUGCCUGCGUGCCUGCGUACCCGCUUUUGUGUGCCGUUUUUAUGGGGGGUGUUGUAUGAUCCUUGCUGCGUUGGUUUGCUCUGUCUUUGUCCUCUUCUGUGUUGUUUUGGGAGCGUCUCUUUUUGCUAACCUACAAUGUACUGUGCUGUUUUUUCCCAUGCCAUCUCUUUUAUCCUCGUUUAAUUUGAUGCAAUCGAAUGUGUGGGAAAUGGGUUCCAUUUUUUUUUUCUUCUUUUUUUCUCCUAUUCCUACUCUUUUCCUCGUUCCUCUUUUCUUAACCGUCCAACCUUUCCAUUCAUCUAUUCCAGCCAGUCACUCUGUAUUCGCGGAAAACAAAAAAAGAUUGCCAAUUUCAACUUCCCUUUUGUCGUUUUCUGCUGUUGCUGUUUUACCAAGCCAAUUUAUGUUCUUUAUUUUAUCUGUUUUCCGUUUGCUUUUUCCGUUUGCUUUCGAGUCAUUUUUCUUUCUCUUGUCGUUGUCUCCUUUCAUUGAAACCUUUCAACCUUCCAACCUUUCCUCUCCUCAUUUGAUGAUACUUCUCUACCGGUUAUCUCCCUGCCUGCGCUGUCAUCAUCGUCUCUGCCACGCUUAAUGCCUGCUCUAUUUUUCUCUUCUCUCCAAUCACUCUAAUACCUCUUUUUUCAUCCAUGCUGGAAUUGGUCGGGGUGUUCAUUUGUGAUUACUUUUUCUUUCCAUCCCUGCUUCGUCAAUUUGUUUCUCCCCUCCUUCGCCUGCUCCUCAUCUCCUACUGAUACCAAACCCCACAACCUACUCCAUUUCAAUGUUACUAUUUUUCAUGCCCCUGCUGCAACGCUUCUCCCAUCUCACAUUUCGAAUUUCUACUUUUUCUCUGGUCUAUAUACACUAUCAAAUGGGCUACAUGCCUAAAUAACGCUUCAGUGCGUGAAACCUUUUUUCUAUUCUAUUUUAUUUAUUGACUUUUACUUCAUAUAUUUUAUUAUUAUAUUACUAUAUCAACCUUUUUGGCUUUUUCUUAGCGGAUUUUUAAUUUCCAUAUGCAACUAUUUUUUAUUUUUUUUCUCCUCUUCUCAUGACCUUUCUUGCGGUCAAUUUCAACAAUGGUGAAAGGAAGCCCACGCCGAGUGAUUAAAAAUUAAGCAAAAAAGACGAGCGUCAAAAUCUCCAUCUUUUCAUGUUUCGAUCUCAUUUUAUUUUCUGGUUUUCUGGCCUCUCUUUCCGACGUAUUCAAUUGAUUCCCGUGUUUUCUUUUUUUCUUUCUUUUUUCCUUUCUUUUUUUAUUUAUCAAUAAUUGACAUGAUGAACGAUUCUUCUUUAACCUAAAAAAGGGAAAAAAAAUGUAUAUAUUUGAUAUGCGAGCCUUUUAUAUUUUAUAUACAAGUGAUUGCAAAUUUUCUGAUUUUAGGUGAUUUCUUUUCUGUUUGAUCUUUUCCCUUGCUUACAUUUUUUUUUUUCUUUUCUCAGACGUAUUUGGCGAAUUUCCUCAUGAUUGAUUGCCGUGUGUAUGAAAUAGUUUUUGUAUAUUACAGCUCAGCUACAGUUUGAUAGUUGAAAUGAAAAUUGAAUCCAUUCAGGAAAUCAGGCUUCAGGCAAUUUUCUUCAUACACGCUCUCUCUUAGCAGCCAUAGCUCCGAUAUUGAAUGAGAAAUCUAGAGAUUAGUUAGUUAGUUAUCACAUGACUUGUU